AUGGGGGCAAGUGCUGCUGAAUUCGAAUCUUUAGAACAACAAUUUCUUGAACUCAUGGGAGAAUUUCGUACUAUCCAUUCAUCAGAGGCUCGUCUCCGUGAAGCAAUCCGCACGGAAUGCACGAGGGCAGAAUCUGCCGAGGCAGCUCGAGAUGCGGCCGAGCGCGCGGCUGUAGAAGCUCGGAACAGCGCCGCUGCAGCUACUGCUGGAGCCACGCAAGCUGCGACCGAGCUCGCUGCUGUACACGAACAGCUUGCCAGCUUCAAACUCAAACUAGAACUAUCGGACCGUCAACGAAAGCUUCAAGAAGAACGGCAUGCUGAAUUGCUCGCACAAUUAAACUCCUUAGAGCGUGAAAUCCAAGAGCUGCGACCAUUACAGACUUCGCAUGUCACUUUACAAAGGCAAUUCACGGAGUUGCAUGAAAGGAUUGGCACCGCCACGGAGGAUGCUCGAAGAGAAGCUAGUCAGUUGGAAUGCGAAUUACGUCGAGUAGAAAGAUGCGCUGCCGGGGGCUCAGAGAUACGUGACCGAGCGCGGCUGGCCGCUGCAGCGCACGCUCGGGAAAAACGUUUAGCAGCCGCCGAGCUGCAGCACACCUCGCGGGAACUUAGCGCUGCGAACGCCGAAAUAAACAAGUUGAAGGCGCUCGUUGCAGAAAUGCAAUUUCGAUUAUCAGAUUCCAAAGAUAGGAUACUCUCUAAGGCGCUCGUCUCAGAUGAGGAAAGUGUUCAACAGCUGCGUGAUGCUUUAGAAACUGAACGAGCCGGAACUGAAAAGUUGGAGAAAGCGUUGGCCGCAGCUCUGGCUGAUAACGCAGUAUUGGCUGCAAAAGUGCACGCAAGUGACAAUAACGACUCUCCAACUAAACUCAGUCUGUCACCUCCAACAGCUAAUAAUUGUACAAACAUUUGUCCAAUAGAUACAUUCUUGGCUGAUUAG